AUCUGUGGGCCUAUCGGAUGCUGUGCUGGUGGAUUUGGGUUGGGUCGGAAAGCACGGGGGAGGUGUUCGCCGUUUAUUCUGCUCCCGUUGUUGUGCUUCCUAUUGCAGCGGGUCGGAUCAUGGCUGCCGUCAUGUCACCCGUGCGGCCUCCAUGCGACAGUGAUCCAGCCACCCCUGCACCGCCCUCCCUAAAGGAGGAUAAUUCAAAUGAUGGGAGAGACCCAGAGGAAACUUCCAAUGAUGGUAGCCAACCCCCCAAAAGGAGGCGUACGACAUCUGGAGAAAGCUCCCCAAGUUGCGAAAAUUCAAACCAAGACUUUGGCUCCAGCUAUUUCCCAGCAGAAAAUUUAGUUGAAUACAAAUGGCCGGCGGAUGAAACGGGAGAGUACUAUAUGUUACAAGAACAAGUCAGUGAAUAUUUGGGUAUUACCUCCUUCAAGCGUAAAUAUCCAGAUUUAGAAAGAAGAGAUCUGUCCCACAAGGAGAAACUGUACUUGAGAGAACUGAAUGUCAUUACAGAAACUCAGUGUACUUUAGGUCUGACAGCUUUACGAAGCGAUGAAGUAAUUGACCUUAUGAUUAAGGAGUAUCCAACCAAGCACUCGGAGUACUCCAUAAUUCUUCAAGAAAAAGAACGCCAACGCAUUACUGACCAUUACAAGGAAUACUCGAUUACUACUGAAGAGAUUCAGAAUGAAGUAUGUGAUCAGGAUGAAACAGGGAAACAACAGCAGCAGCAGCAGAACACGCAAAAGGUGGAGGCAAGCAAAGUCCCCGAGUAUAUUAAAAAAGCUGCCAAGAAAGCUGCCGAGUUUAAUAGUAAUUUAAAUCGUGAGAGAAUGGAAGAGAGAAGAGCGUAUUUUGAUUUACAAACACAUGUAAUCCAAGUGCCUCAGGGAAAAUACAAAAUUCUACCUGCUGAUGUGACAAAAGUGAGUUCUUAUCCUGUAUCCCUCAUACCUGGACAGUUUCAAGAGUAUUAUAAAAGGUAUUCCCCGAAUGAGCUCCGGUAUUUACCACUAAACACAGCCUUGUUCGAGCCUCCACUGGAUCCUCUGGACCCUGAACUGCUGGCUCUUGACAGUGAUGGAGAUUCUGAUGAGAUUGAUGAAGGGCGCAGUGAAAAGAAAAAACCCAAAGGAACCUCAGUAAGACAGCCAUGUGACAGUUCAUCUGGAAAUGUAUCAGAGGGUGAAAACUUGCAGGACGCCCAGGAGGAAUCUGUUCAAGGAAAACCGAAGGCGAAAGAAAAAUCGACCCCCAAAAAGGAGGGCACCAAACGUUCUGUAGUGUCCAAAUCAACCACUGGGUACAAGCCUAAGUCCAUCCCAAAUGCUAUUUGUGGAAUUUGUCUGAAGGGUAAGGACGUCACUAAGAAGACAAGAUCGGAGAGGCUUAUACACUGCUCCCAAUGUGAAAACAGUGGUCACCCUUCGUGUUUGGAUAUGUCACCAGAGCUGGUUGCAGUAAUAAAGAAAUAUCCUUGGCAAUGCAUGGAGUGCAAAACAUGUAUUAUAUGUGGGCAGCCUCAUCAUGAAGAAGAGAUGAUGUUUUGUGACCACUGUGACCGUGGCUACCAUACUUUCUGUGUUGGUCUUGGUGCUCUUCCAUCAGGUCGCUGGAUAUGUGACUGCUGCCAGAAUGUCCCACCCACACCAAAAAAAGGAGUCAAAAGAGGCAAAAACAGUAAAGAAGGAUAAAAUCGUUAUUCUCAGAUGCUGAAGAUUGCACAAGCCUUUUAAAUGGUGCUAUACAACAAAAUACUCUUGUGUGGUCUAUGGAAAGAUAUCUACCACUUUUUCACAGUUUUACACCAAAUAAAAUAUUUUGGAAUUUUACGCAAUUUCUCUGGCAUCCUGGGACUUGAAAUGAAAAUGUUAUGUUUUGUAGCUUUUAUUAUGCUUUUUUUAUAAUGUGAUGUUUUUUUGUUUUUAAAUAUACCUCAUACCAAUGGGUUUAUAGACAAAAAGAACUAAAUGCGUGAACUGAUAAUUUCCCAUGUGCUGCAAAAUUAAAGAAAUAAUUGCACGUCAAUUAUUUCUUUGUACAUAGUCAAAAGUGCUAACUUUUUUGUUAAAGUAGUUUUGGGUUGAAACCUACUGCACAAGCAGAUCUACCUAGAGUUCUGGAAAUCUCAAGAAUACAGAUAAGUCUUAUGAUUUGUGUGGCAUGCUUGUAGCAUCAUGCCAUCAUAUAGUUGUGCACAUAACUUGUGAUCUAUUGCAUUAUUUUUUUUUUUAUAGAAGCAAAACCUCAAGAGUUGAUUAAAGCCCAGAAUCAUCACACUCUCUGACAUAAUAUCUAUACAAUUGAUCUUUGUGAAACCAGGAGCCUUUAAAUAGGACUUUAUAUAUAAAAAUUAAAUUGUUUGGUUUAUGCUG